GCGUCCUGACUGCUGCAUGAGUCAGCAUGCAAAUGGUUAAGUUGGGGAGCCUUGGCUUUCCUGGUUAGAGCAUUCAGCCUCCAAGAGUUAACCUGCAGCACUGCUCAGAAGAGCAGGGGCAGAGGAUAUACAAGCAUCCCUGGCGCUCUGGCUUGCAGGAGAAUGACAUGCGGUUUUGAACAAGCAGCUGCCGCAGCAGGUCUGGCAGGUUUGGGACGUCUAAGCCCAGCAACCUACAAGGGGAAGAGGAUCAAGAUUCUGAGUGGUCAUUUGAUCUACUGAGAUGCAAGCACUCUUUUGAGUAGUAAAAUCAGAAAUGGCCAAGCGUACUUUCUCCACAUUGGAGACAUUCCUGAUUUUUCUCCUUGUAAUGAUGACUGCCAUCACAGUGGCCCUUCUCAGCCUCUUGUUCAUUACCAGUGGGACCAUCGAAAACCACAAAGACUCAGGAAACCAUGGUUUUCCUACCACCCAAACCUCUCCGGUUUCGCAGGAUACCAUAGCCACCCAAGCCUCUCCAGUUACUUGCACCUCAGAGCCUCCUUUAUUUCAGAACUUCAGUGGCUACCAUAUUGGUGUUGGGCGAGCUGACUGCACAGGACAAGUAGCAGAUAUCAAUUUGAUGGGCUAUGGCAAAUCUGGCCAGAACGCUCGGGGCAUCCUCACAAGGCUGUACAGUCGUGCAUUCAUCAUGGCGGAACCCACUGGGCCAAACCGACGGAUAGUGUUUGUCAGCGUUGACAUAGGCAUGAUAUCCCAGAGACUCAGGCUGGAGGUCCUGAACAGACUGCAGAGUAAAUACGGCUCCCUGUACAGAAGAGACAAUGUUAUCCUGAGUGGCAUUCACACACACUCGGGUCCAGCAGGAUAUUUCCAGUACACUAUAUUUGUCAUUGCCAGUGAAGGAUUUAGCAAUCGAACCUUUGAGUACAUGGUCACUGGUAUCGUGAAGAGCAUCGAGAUAGCACAUGAAAAUAUGAAACCAGCCAAAAUCUUCAUCAAUAAAGGAGAUAUCGAGGGUGUGCAGAUCAAUCGAAGUCCUACAUCUUACCUUAGGAAUCCACAGUCAGAGAGAGCAAGGUAUUCUUCAAAUACAGACAAGGAAAUGCUACUCUUGAAAAUAGUGGAUUUGAAUGGAGAUGACAUGGGCCUUAUCAGGUGGGCUAACAUGCUUAAACAAUCUAUUUUGCUUAGAUUCAGUGAUAAUUUUCCAUUCCUUAGAAUAAUCACUCAUUUCAUUAAGGAUGCAUCAUUUCUCAUGUUGUUCCAGCCCGGAAUGUGCAUUGCUAAGGGACCCGGACGAGAUAUGAUUGACAGCACACAAAUUAUUGGGCGGACUAUUUACCAGAGAGCAAAGGAACUGUAUGCCUCUGCCUCCCAGGAGGUGACUGGGCCACUGGCUUCGGCUCACCAGUGGGUGAAUAUGACAGAUGUGACCGUCUGGCUCAAUUCCACACACACUGCAAAAACGUGUAAACCAGCAUUGGGCUACAGUUUUGCGGCCGGCACAAUUGAUGGAGUUGGAGGCCUCAAUAUUACACAGGGGAAAACAGAAGGGGAUCCGUUUUGGGACACCAUUCGGGACCAGCUCUUCGGCAAGCCAUCGGAAGAAAUUAAAGAAUGCCAUAAACCAAAGCCAGUCCUUCUUCACACUGGAGAGCUAUCAAAACCUCAUCCUUGGCAUCCAGAUAUUGUUGAUGUUCAGAUUAUUACUCUUGGGUCCUUGGCUAUAACUGCUAUCCCUGGGGAGUUUACGACCAUGUCUGGAAGAAGAUUUCGAGAGGCAGUUCAAGCAGAAUUUGCAUCUUAUGGAAUGAAGAAUAUGACUAUUAUUAUUUCGGGACUGUGCAAUGUUUAUUCACAUUAUAUUACCACUUAUGAAGAAUACCAGGCUCAGCGGUAUGAAGCAGCAUCUACAAUUUAUGGACCACAUACUCUGUCUGCUUAUAUCCAGCUCUUCAGAGGCCUUGCCAAAGCCAUUGCAACUGAUACAGUCGCCAACAUGAGCAGUGGCCCAGAGCCUCCAUUUUUCAAACAACUGAUGAUCCCACUGAUUCCUAAUAUUGAGGAUAAACCACCAAUAGGCAGAAAUUUUGGGGAUGUCCUAGAGCCAGUGAAACCUAAAUACAGAGUGGGAGAAGUUGCUGAAGUUACAUUUGUAGGUGCUAACCCAAAGAAUUCAGCAGAAAACCGGACCCACCAGACCUUCCUCACUGUGGAGAAAUAUGAGAACACUACAGCAUCGUGGCAGAUAAUGUAUAAUGAUGCCUCCUGGGAGACUCGAUUUUAUUGGCACAAGGGAUUUCUGGGUCGGAGCAAUGCAACCAUAGAAUGGCAUAUUCCAGACACAGUCCAGCCAGGAAUUUACAGAAUAAGAUAUUUUGGACAUAAUCGCAAGAUGGAGAUCCUGAAGCCCGCGGUCAUACUUCCAUUUGAAGGCAUUUCCUCCAUUUUUGAAGUUGUAACUACUUAGUGAAAAGCUGAUAUUUAUUUUAAAGACCAGCUUUACUCUGUAUGUACUGACUGCACCUGAAUGUGAACUACCAUUUGGACUUCUA